AUAGCUUUUAAUAUAACGAGAAAUAAUUUUGCCGUAAAUUAUAAAAGAUAAUUUAUAUAAUUCAAUUCCUAUUCAUAUCACAGAUAUAGAAAGAGGAUAGUAAAUUCGAACGCCGAAAUCAAGAAUUCGAGAUUAUCAGGCAAUUUUAUAUUUCCAACAAAUUCCGAAAUGAAUCAAGCACAGAUCGGAUCGAGCACCGCAUAUCGGAACACUGCCAGUUCCGUGUUGGACGUUACUAGUAAGUGGCCGUGUAAAUAUUAUCGAAUUACUUCGAUCGCGCUCUCCACUCGUGCGAGAGUAGCUAAUUGAAUUAAAUAAGACAAGAGUGAUAAAAAUGUGUCGCGACAAUGAUGUUCAAUGAAAAGAAAACGGUGCCGUUUACACCCACGCGUACACACACACACCCCCACCUACUCACACACGCAUACGCAGACAACAGACAGAAGACAGACAACACGCAGAACGUAUUCGCUCGAGCGCGCGGGCGUCCCUCUAUUAACGCGGGAUACGAGAAAACUAUAAAAGAGAUCAUCCUCGCAUUCAUCGAUCGAACUUGUGUUUCCUCGAACACGUCGCGUUGUACGCGGCGGUGUAAUAAGUUUCCAUCCGUUUUACAUUCCUAACUCGUUGUGUUGCGUUCACAUCGUACCAUUUAUAGAUAGGCUAAUAUACCUAAUAAGUGUUUCGUCUAGCCUACGAUGUAUAUUGUAUCUAUAAUCAGAAAUAAAUUAUCGACAGUAAAUCGCACUGGUGUUGCACCCGACAUCGCAGCAAAUUCAUCUCGCCCCACACAAUCCGACGUGCCGCACAGGCGUGUGACACGUUGCGAUUCUUCGCGAAGCAGCCGCCACGUUAAUCGAACGCGUGAGUUUCGCCACGUGAUGCAAAGACAACGUGAGAGUCGGCCGGCGACAGUCUUAGGGGUGGACAGGCAGGAGGAGAUUCUCGCUCCAAGAACACAAUUAAGAAUUUCAAGUGGAACAACUAGACGGAUAGUCGGACCCCGUUCGUAUUCCCGCAUAGACCGAGUGUGACCUGUCACCGUUGUCGUCAUGCGACUUGCCAUCGGCGCAGUAGCCAUCGCGAAAGUUGUUCGGAGACGGAAACGAGCGGUCGAGAGACGAAUCCAAAGUCACUCCUGAAGAGGAACGAGCCUCGAGGGGUGCUCCGGAAUAUUUGACAACAUGUUUCCCUAGACGGUCGUCGGAGAGGAAUCUUGCCAAGAUACAUACGUACGUGCAUAUGUGUACGUCUUAGGAUUUGCCGCACCAUCUGGCCAAGCGAGCUUGCUCCGCAGCAUAAAUAACGCAGCUCCCUUCAUCGAGCGAGUAGAAUUACAUUUUAUUCUAUGAUACGUUGUCAUUGAAAUAUUCAUUGUUUUAUCUUAAAAGUUUUCAAACAUCUCUGUGAAAGAAUCUCGCACACGGAGAUAAUUUUC